GCGCAUGUGAAUCCAGUCCUCUUCUCCUCCAGAGCGCAUUCAGUUACCAGCAGACGCACAAGUUGCCAGGCUCCGCGCAGCUUCCCCAGGCGGGUGGUGGAGCAUCUUUCUGGGAGGACCAGUCUCUCGGAGGAGACAGGGAGGAUGCUGAUGCGAGCACAGCCCGGAGCUGCAGCUUCCCCCCAUCAGCGCCAGCGCGGGAUCUCCCUCUAACUUUUCCUGCGUCCGAGUUCAUCCCAGCCUCCGUCCUCGUGCCGGGGCUCCCCGCUCCCCGCAGCCGUGCGCCCUCGGCCAUGGCCCGUCCGUGCGCCCGCGGAGCGCUGUUCCUGGUGCUCUUCUCCCAGCUGCUGCCCCUGCCCGGCGGACAGACGCCCAGCUGCCAGGAGGUGCGGGCGGUCUUCCACAACCUGCACCCCGGCUCCAAGUGGGUCCCCGAGAGCCCCGUGUCAGGUGCAGAUCUGCAGGUCUGCCAAACCAAAGGCCCAACCUGCUGCUCCAAGAAGAUGGAGGAGCGCUACCAGGUAGCGGCGCGCAGCAACAUGGAGUCCGGUCUGCAGGUUAUCAGCGCGCAGCUCAAGCGCCUCAUCAUCCAAAAUGCUGCUAUAUUCCAAGAGGCCUUCGAUCUGGUGCUACGUCACGGCCGUAACUCCACCCUAGUCACGCUGAAGUUGGAGUUCCCCAGCCUGGGGAGCGGGGUCCACAACUCCAUCUGGCAGUUCUUCAUGGACAUGUCGCUCUACAUCCUUGGCUCAGACACCACGGUGGACCACAUGGUCAACGUGCUCUUCGGCAAACUCUUCCCCCUCACGUACCGCCGGCUGCUGGGGGGCAGUGCGUCCUCUGAGGAGUGUGUCCGAGGGGCCUGGAAGGACUCGGGAGCAUUCGGCCCCUAUCCCAAACUGAUAAUGACCCGUCUGUCUCGCUCUCUCCUCGCCACGCGCGUCUUCCUGCAGGCGCUGAACCUGGGCAUCGAGGUGGUGAACACCACGGACCACCUGCGGCCCGGCCGGGACUGCAGCCGCGCCCUGCUGAGGCUGUGGUACUGCCCGCACUGCCAGGGCAUGCUGGAGCCGCCGGCCUGCAGAGGCUUCUGCCAGGCGGUGAUGCAGGGAUGCCUGGGCGGGGCGGCCGAGGUGCAGCCCCACUGGAGCAGCUACAUAGACGGGCUGGGGAAGCUGGCCGGAGGCAUGAGGGGAGAGCAGGACAUGGAGGCCGUCGUGCUGCGACUGCCUUCCAUGAUCAAACUGGCUGUCAAGCACGCUGUGAACAUCCGCAGCCGCCUCAGCACCCUGGUGAACGGCAUGUGUGGACAAGCGUCUCCGCGGGCCUCCCGCUCCAUCGGGUCUCUCCCUGCUCUCCCGCUCCCUGCUGCCUCCACGGCCCGCGCUGCUCAGCCCUCAGACUCUGACGAGACGCUGUCAGGCCUUCGCAGGGAGUUCAUAACCAGCCUGAGAGGCUUCAGCUCCUUCUACAGCGGUCUUGGAGAGGCGUUGUGCAGCCGGGAGCCUUCUCCAGCAAACCACUCCCUCUGCUGGAACGGGCAGGAGAUGACAGACAGGUUUCCCGGGCCUGGACUGAAGCGCCUGCAUCCCAACUCUGAGUCUAAGAGCAACAAGCCUCCUGAGCCAGUCAUCAGCCAAAUCAUAGACAAACUCAAACACAUUAACCAGUUGCUGCGGAUGGUGACACUAUCCGAGAGGCGCUGGAGAGCCCGGUCACGUGGAGCCGGGGCGGACGGAUGGAGCGAGGACGGGGAGGAGGGAUUCCACAGCGGCGACUGCGACGAUGAAGACGAGUGCACCGGCGUGUCGGGGCUGGGGCCGCCUCCCAGGCGCAAACGGCUGCGCAUCAUUGCAGACCUUUCUGAUAACCUGGCAAUGGAUGACUUCACCUUCCAGGAGCAGCUGUUGACCCCUCGGCUGGCCACCGCUGGAGUGGGCGGCGUCUCCUCACCCGCCGCUCCCCGCAGGACGAGCCGCCCGGCGUCGCUUCUGUUGGCGGCGCUCGCUCUGCUCCCGUCGUACCGACACUGACCCGCCAAGCUCCCUCUGUAGUGGCGGACCGUUAUCUCUCCCCUGGAUCUGUGAGUGAGGACCAAACCCACACGAGACCUUUUUUACAGCGCUCCCACUCAGUCUGAACCAGCCCCGGCCCGCAGGAACAAGCCCGAGAACAAGCAGCAGUCAGCGGCUGACAUUUUUCUUCACGACAGUAAAUCAUUUCUCGCCAGCGCCGGACAUGAGGAGUUUUAAUAAGCAUCUCUUUCCUUGACGGGGAAUCACGUGUAAAAAGAAAAAAAACAUGCACAUCCUAGCUACUACUUUAAUCUCUGUGUUUCAGUCUGACUGUUUAUGUCCCAGUGAUAUCUAGGCUAUUUUCCUUCACACGUUCACCUGUUUAUUUGGGGAUGAAAGGAACGAUCCAGUGGUUAUAAAUCCUUAAAUUGGUUUUUAUAAAUGUACAGGUGUAUAUUUCUCUGUGUUGGUGCCAUGUUUAUGAAACAAUGUGAUCGUGGACUGAAGUACUAGCUGGACGGUGACGCAUCGCUGCAACUUUCCAGCUUGUUCUUUGCCCUCCUGUGCAAAAAGCAAGCAGUGAUAUGAAAUAUAAAUAUGUAUAAAAGUGUGUAAAUAAAUCUUGUUAUGCUUGUUUGCAUUUGAGCUCAUGCAUUUUCAAAGUCUGGCAUUUAUAUUUAAUCACUUGCUCUUCUUUGUUUGCAGAUUCAACCCAGAAAUCACAUUUCUUUUCAUUGUUUGUUUAAAUCUGCCUGCUUUUCAAAGUCAAAUGUGAUGAACAGUGAAGCCCGACUCUGUGGUUGUUUAUACUUGAUGAUGUGUGAUGGAUGUAUGCAGACAUUAAUUAGAAACUGAAAGUUAUCUGCUGCUGACGCGGCAGCGCGCAGCGUGGGCCGCGCUCUCAGCCCCUUGUUUGUCAUAUCUGAAAACAAGUCUGGCCGACUCCAGCUUCACAUGUGGGGUCCGGCUCACUGAGCACCGGUGACCUCACACUGGACCACCUGAACAAGCUGCAGCCACAAUUUAGCUGAUUAUCCUGGCAAAAUAUGAGUGAAUCCACGUUGAAAUAUGGUUAGGCAGAAACAUUCAAUCCAUGUGGAAUCCAUGUUGAAGCCUGGUCUGCAACACAAGAAUACGUUGAUUCAACAUCGAUUACACGUUGGCAUUAGAAUUGGAUGAUUGAUUGAUGAUUGAUCCACCAUAAAUCGUCGACCUUAACCAAAAAGCAACCUUUUUCACCAUAAUUCUACAUUGAUUUAACACAUUUUGCUAUCCGGGUAGUCACAUCUUUUUUUUUUCAUGAUAACGGUUGUUAUGAAUAAAGGUUAGAGUCAAUGUCCGAUCCAUGAUCUAUAACUGGUGGUUGAUAAAUAAUAAAUGCUUAUUGAUGCA